UUGAAGGAGGACAGAGAGGCAAUCCGUGAAGGCGAACAGAUGUGAUCCGGACUACGAAAAGAGAACACGUUGCAGUUAAAGACGGAGAACCUUUGAGACUGCGAAUAUGUGGCAACCCGCGUCGGAGCGAUUGCAGCACUUUCAGACCAUGCUGAAGACCAAGCUCAAUGUGCUGACGCUGAGGAAGGAGCCGCUGCCCACGGUGAUCUUUCACGAGCCUGAGGCCAUCGAGCUCUGCUCCACCACUCCGCUCACAAAGGGCAGGACCCAUGCUGGAUACAAGGUGGCCUACCUGGGUAAAGUGGCGAUCUCCGGGACCCAGUUUCUGUCGGGCUGCACAGAGUCGGCAGUGGUGGGUCUGGUGGAGGGUCGUUCCCUCGCCCACCAGCAGGGCACCUACCCCGAAAGCAACUCCCUGCUAGAGAUCCGUCCCUUCCAGGUGCGUCUUCACCACCUGGAUGAGCACGGCGAGGCCUCGGUAACCAUGGACACCUACCAGGUGGCACGGAUCGCUUACUGCACGGCCGACCACAGCGUCAGAUCCAACGUAUUUGCCUGGAUCUACCGGGAGAUCAACGACGAUCUGUCCUUCCAGAUGGACUGCCACGCUGUUGAGUGCGAGAGCAAGCUCGAGGCCAAGAAGCUGGCGCACUCCAUGAUGGAGGCUUUCCGCAAGACUUUCCACAGCAUGCGCAGCGACGGACGCAUCCACAAGAGUGGCUCGUCAGACGACUUUGCUGAGGACUCGUCCAGCCCUGAAGACUCGACCCCAGACGACGGUUGAACUGGAACUCGCCUAAACUCCCGAUGCCCAUCCUAACAGAGCGAGGGGGUUACUGGAAGGAUGGACAGAUUACCUGCUCUCUCUCUCAUUCUCCCCCGACCACCCUUUCUGUUGCCAAUUUGGAACAAAAUGAACUGACCCUGUGAACCAACACGUCCAGUAUAAUGAAGUAGCUUUUAAAUACUGUAAAGGGAAGGUGUAUGAAAAAGGAGUUACAAAAGACUCACAUUUACAUCCAGGGAUAUCAAAGUGCUGCCACUUUGAAUGAAUGGCCCUCAAAGACCCUUUGGGGUCCUUCUCAAGCACCUCGGUAAACGCCCUCCAGAGAUUGACUCGACAGUUCCAUCUUUAUUUUCAACCACUGUGUCACACCUGCACUCAGCAGCGACAGAGUUUAGUCCCUGUUCUUCUGACCCCAGCUCAUGACAACCUACUGCUACUCUUGCCAUGGAGGGACCCAGCAGAAAUAGGCCUGUGACUUAUUUCGGGGUCCCAACCCAGAGUUUAUGAGACUGUUGGAGCACAUAAAUUCUUUAGAUGUUUAAUUAUGUGGAUCUCUGUUACAAUGCCUUCGACCUUGGUAAUAGCAAAUUAGGAUGUGAAAGAAAAGAUAAGCCUUUAAGCACUAUUCAUAUCAUCACUAUGGUACCUUAGUCCAACCCCGAAAUUAUUUGCCGGCAUGGCUGUUACUCGUGUGGACAAUGGAGCCCGAGCUUCUACAGCUGUCUCUGUUUAAUAGGUACUUAAAGAUUCAGAGUAUUCGUAUGGCCACCGGGAGAAUAUAGGUGCUACAUAGAUGCUACAUUUUAGAAGUUCUCACUGGGCUGAAAGCCUGGGACAGUCUGCGACACCUUAAUCAUCCACUUCUGUUUUGAGUAUACCAAAAUUCAGGCUGGAUUCUGCCUGUCAGAUUAUGUGCCUCACUUUCCUCUCACAUUAGUUUGGUCUCUUACCCAGGUCCCCGUGUGGCCAUGUGUGCGUGCCAACCUUCUUUCUUUUUUCUUUUUUUUCUGUGUAGGUGUAAUUACUUACUUCUGUACUUUGUGUAUAUGAAUGUACACAUCAAUGAGUGUGUGUGUGUGUGUGUGUGUGUGUGUGUG